GUUCUUGAACGUCACAUCUCGAGUUACGUCACUUCCGCCUCCUGAGCGGUGCUUAAUGAAGAUAGCGAUGUUAACUUUCUUUUCCGCGGCGUCAACAUGACAUAUUGUUGAAUCCCGGUGAAUAUGGCAGGUUGACCUGAGCAGCGACAAUUGACCCUCAACAAUUAAGAGCGCUCGUAAGAACUUAAAAUGGUGGACGUCACCAAAUGGCCCCUCUUCAGCUUGAUGGCGCCCCAGGAGUUGACCUCUGUAUGGAAAGCGUUUGUGUUUGGAGCGUCCGCCAACGAGGCCAUCUACAUCACCAGGGACGAUGAGGUGUAUGUUUUUGGGCUCAACUGCAGUAACUGCCUGGGCACUGGAGACUGCAAGAGCACCAUCGUCCCAAAGAAGCUGGACUUCCUAAGCGGCAAGAAGGUGGUCAACAUGAGCUACGGCAGCGGUCCGCACAUCCUGCUGGUCACUGAGGACGGAGAACUAUUCGCCUGGGGACACAAUGGCUACUGCCAGCUGGGCAAUGGGAACACCAACCAAGGGGUGGCGCCGGUGCUCGUGUCAGCCAACUUGCUCAAUAAGAAGGUCACUCAGGUGGCUUGUGGUUCCCACCACUCCAUGGCUCUCACCAACACUGGAGAGGUGUACGCGUGGGGUUACAACAACUGCGGUCAAGUAGGUUCCGGUUCCACCGCCAACCAGCCUCACCCACGCCGAGUCUCCAGCCUCCUCCAGAACAAGAUAGCCGUCAGCAUUGUCUGUGGACAGACUUCAUCCAUGGCAGUGGUGGACAACGGAGAGGUGUUCGGUUGGGGUUACAACGGCAAUGGACAGCUGGGACUAGGAAAUAACGGAAACCAGCUGACUCCGUGUCAACUGAUUGGUCUGAUGGGUCUGUGUGUGCAACAGAUCGUGUGUGGUUAUGCACAUUCUUUGGCUCUGACCGACGAAGGCUUCGUGUACGCCUGGGGCGCCAACACGUACGGACAGCUGGGCACUGGGAACAAGAGCAACCAGCUCAGCCCGAUCGAGAUCAUGGCCGACAAAGAAAGGUCCCGGAUCGUGGAGGUGGCCGCCUGCCACUCCACACACACGUCGGCCGCCAAGACCCAGACCGGCCAGGUGUACAUGUGGGGGCAGUGCAGGGGUCAGUCCAUACUAGUGCCCCACCUCACACACUUCACCUGCACCGACGACGUCUUCGCCUGCUUCGCCAUGCCCUCUGUGAUGUGGAGGCCUCUGUCCAUGGAGUAUGAUGACUUCCUGACGGUGGCUCAGUCUCUGAAGAAAGAGUUCGACAACCCAGAGACGGCCGACCUCAAGUUCUGUGUGGAUGGGAAGUACAUCUGCGUCCACAAAGCAAUCCUCAAGAUCAGGUGUGAACACUUCCGCUCCAUGUUCCAGUCUCACUGGAAUGAAGAUGCCAAGGAGGUGAUUGAGGUCGAUCAGUUCUCCUUCCCGGUGUAUCGUUCCUUCCUGGAGUUCCUGUACACGGACGAGGUGGAGCUUCCUCCCGAGGACGCCAUCGGCCUGCUGGACUUGGCCACUUCCUACUGCGAGAACCGCCUGAAGCGUCUGUGCCAGCACGUCAUCAAGAGAGGCAUCACGGUGGAGAACGCCUUCACCCUGCUGUCCGCCGCCGUGCGCUACGACGCCGAGGACUUGGAGGACUUCUGCUUCAGGUUCUGCGUGAACCACCUGACCCAGGUGACGCAGACGGCUUCUUUUUGGCAGAUCGAUGGGAAGCUGCUCAAAGACUUCAUUUGUCGAGCGAGUCGCUACGGCGCCUUCAACAACUGAGCCAUAAAUGAUCGCAGCAUUGAGGGCACUCGUUCGAAAGAUUUGAAUGUUGACCAAGUGACUGAAAGUUUUGCACUUUUAUUUUCUUAAAGAGUUAGUGGCACCACCUGGAGGCCAGCAGAUUGCACUAAGAGAGUUUCAUCAUCAUUUUUAGCGCUUGCAGUUGCUUAACAGAUUGAGUUUGUUACAGUCUUGACAUGUGACUUGAACACUGCACCUGAACCUUGUUUUAGGGACACUUUGAUACAUUCAUCUACACUACUGCUGUCACACUUGCAUUCCAACACAGAGACCAGUCUUUAUAUUCACAAGCUUUAACAUAAAAAUGUCUUUUCAUGAUGCAGAAAAUAGCAACAAAAAAAAAAGUUUGAUUGAGGCUUUAUCAUGAAUCAUGUAGACCAAUGUGACAGUUUAACAUUUUUUAAAUGAAAAUGUAAUAAAAAGUUUUGUAUUUACAAAGUGUCGCACUGACAAAAUGACUACCUCCCAUCAUGUGGAAUAAAACACUUAAUAUUGUGUAUAAUUAAGAGUACAAAGAGUAAAUAGGUAUUAAAAUGAGUACAAUAGACAAUAAAAUGUGAUGUCAUCUCCUCAGCGCUGACUCCAC